CUAGUUGCUAUUUACCUCUGUGUUAAUCCACACCCCCUCCCUCCCUCUUUCUCGCUCGAUCCCGCUCUCUCACUCCUCCCCUUAUUCCCUCAAAGCCAGCAGGCUGCUACUCGAUACAGACCGCUUGCUACAUGAUCUCCUGGAAAACACUGUUCCGCAUCUCUCUUGCCACUCGAUGGCCGGGCCUUUGUAGAUUAUACACCAAGCGGAAGAAAGAUGCCAGCGCCAGGACAUUGACUCCUUUCCUCCUUCUGCUUCCCCCUCCCCUUCCUUAAUCUCCCACCUCUUGAUCUCUACCCACCCCCCGUGCCCUCUCCUGUCCUGUGCCCCCUUCCUCCCAACCUCCCCCUCCCCUACCCUACCUAAAGUCUUGCUCUCCCUCUCACCCCCUUGACAAUGUUACCAUGCAUUAACUGGCUUCAGCCUUUCCUUGCCUUGCUCUCUUCCACCUUGCUGACUCGGGGCCACAACUGUCCGUCCAGCUGCCUGUGUCCAGACCACCACACCGUGGACUGCCAGGGCCAAGGUCUCACCCGCCUCCCAAGCCCCAUCCCCCUGGACGUCCGCCGCCUCCUGCUCUCUGACAACUGGAUUCCCUUGAUCCCCUCGGAUUUCCUGGUUCUGUACAGCGACCUGGUCUACCUGGACCUGAGGAAUAACUCCCUGUCUGGGCUGGAGCCUGGCACCCUCAGCACCUCGUCCCGCCUGGUCUUCCUGGACCUGGGCAGCAACAACCUGACAGAGAUCCAGUCAGAGACCUUUGGAGAGUCCAGGAGCCUGAUUAAGUUGCGGCUGGGGAACAACCCCUAUCUUAGCCUGGUGGAGGAGGACGCUUUCCUGGGCCUAACCUCGCUGCGGGUGCUGGAGCUGGAGAGAAACGGCCUGCAGGGGCUGGACGUGGGGGUGCUGGAGCCCCUAACCUCACUCCGGGUGCUGCGUCUGGAGGGCAACCCCUGGGUGUGCAACUGUCACUUUGCUAAACUCUUUGUGUGGCUGAUGGAGAACCGCCACAAGCUUCCAACGGGUAUGGAAGGGUUGGAGUGCUCCCUCCCCAUGGACGGGAGUCUUAUGUCCCUGAGUCUGCUCUCUGAGGCCAGUUUCCGGGAGUGCCGGGGCUACCUCUCCCUCACGGAUAUCCUCAUAGUCAUCUUCUCGGGCAUCUCCGUCUCUGUGGUAGCCAUCAUAGCCAGUUUCUUUCUGGCCUCUAUGGUCCACUGCUUCCAGCGCCUGGGCAAAGCCGGUCAGGCAGACGAGGAGGAGGGCAACGACUGAGGGAGAGAAAGAGUGUGAUCUGGGACCAUAUUCAGUGUCACUGCAGACAUUGCAGACCCUGACUACAUACCUUGUAAGAGGGCCAGGAAGAAGGGCAGGAAAAUGGAAGAGUAAGUCAAGGACAACAAGGGAGUAUUUGGCCCAGAAAUUGGGCCAAAAGGCUCUUACCAUGUGAAUUCCUGCUCGCCGCAUUGGUGCAUUGGUGGCAGUCAGAGACACACCAGGAGGGGUGCUAGGGCAGUGGGUUAAACCAUACGCUUGAAUAAUACAAAUGUUUUCUUAGCACUGCCUUAGUGUACACAGCCUUACUACCUUACUUUGAAGAGAUCCUCCAGCAUUCCCUUGAAAUCGUAAUACUAUAUUUGGGCUGUACUUUAAGUCUAACAUGAGGUAAAAUUACUUGCACCACCCUUUCAAAGAGGACUAUUCCUCUGCUGCCAGGGGCAAACAGGUUCUUUGAGAUUUGGGUUGAGCUGAGCGGUAAAAGGAUAGAGAGGAGGACAAGGCACAGGCACACUGCAGUCUAAUGCAUAACUAUGUCCAUUGCAGUGAUUUGAGUAGCAACCUACUUAACCUUUGUUUACCAAAGAGCAGGCUGAAUGAGAAGAUUCUAUUGUUACAAUAUAGAACCCAGAAAUCGGAUAGCAUGAGCUAUCAACAAGGAUGUUACACUAAACUGUGACACAAACUCUCAAAUGCAAAAUCAAGUAAAUAUGGAGGAUGUUGUUACAAUAUCUGUUUUUGGAGCACAAAUGUAGCCUGACUAUGUUUGGCGAGACAACGCCCUAAGGAGUUGGCAAGAGAGCACAAGCAGUCUGGCACUUAGGCUAGCACAAAUGUAAUAUUGGUUAAAAAACAAUCAAACAUUAGGUACAGUAUACUGUAUAGAACAAUAUGCUAAAAUAACCUGCCAUUUAUGACCCACAAAUGUAACUAUGGAAAUAAUUAUAUUAUACAGCUUGUACUGUAAGUGGACCAAUGUAUUUUCCUGUUUCAGGCAUAAUUAUUUUAUUUAUUUUUUACAUUUGAACAAAAGGUUUAUAUUGAUACUGAAGCUUUUGUUGAUGUUUUGGUUGUUUCAUUUAUUUUUUGUACAAAUUAAGUCUUCUCUUGUUUGUAUGGGGAUUUCACAUAGUAACAGUAUUGUCACAUCUGCAAAGACUCUAAUUCCAAGCUAGGAGGGCUAAGGUAAAAACUAAUUCAGUGUUUCGUCGUCUUCAUCAUCCUUGAUGUUUGGGCCUUCCAGCCUUUUCCUGUGUCGGCCUUUAUAUCCUCAAUAGACCAGCAGCUAGUAGCAGCCAGGUGAAAUUGAUGAAUGAAUGCUAUAGGUCAAUGAUGUCAUGUGUAUUGUUUGGCUAAGAGAAUAGUGAAACAACUGGUAGAUCAUAAAUGAAAACCAGCAUAGUCACAGAUGCUUCAAGACCUGAGUUUUGAACGGGUGUCCAUCUGUCUCACUUAUGUUGCUUCAGUCAAACUGUAUCUGUCUCUGGCACUCGUAACCCACCAAUGAGAUUUGCUGGCGCUUGUAACCCACCAGUGAGAUUUGAGAUCCCAAAAACAGAUGAAGGGCUUUUUUUCUGUCAUGAUGCACCAUAACAAACACCUUGAAAAGAUAAUCAUGGGGUUGCAAAGUGCAAUAUAAAAAAAUGUAAAGAGAUAAAAUAAAGUGGUAAAAUACACACAC